AUGGAAAACCAAACCACGGUGACUGAAUUUAUCUUCCUGGGACUUUCUAGUGACCGUCAGAUACAGAUUUUCCUCUUUGUGGUGUUUUUCAUUAUUUACCUAGUCACCAUGCUUGGGAACAUAGUGAUGAUGGUGCUAAUAAAAGUUGAUUUUCACCUUCACACCCCAAUGUAUUUCUUUCUCUUCCACUUGUCCUUUGUUGACAUCUGCUAUUCCUCAGUCACAGUUCCCAAUAUGCUGAUGAACUUCCUGGUGGAGUCUAAAACAAUUUCGGUCAGGGGCUGCCUUUCCCAGAUGUUCUUAUUUUUCCUCUUAGCUGGCACGGAAGUUUUCCUUCUCUCAGCCAUGGCUUACGACCGCUAUGCUGCCAUCUGUGACCCCUUGCAUUACGUGGACGCAAUGAACAAGAAGAUCUGGGUUCAGCUGAUGAGUGGUGCAUGGACCACAGGCUUCUUUUACGCCUUAAUUAACACUGUUUUUGCCCUUGACUUGCACUUUUGUGGACCCAAUGAAAUCCAGCAUUUCAGCUGUGAGCUGCCUCCUCUGUUAAGACUCUCCUGCAGGGACAUUCUCGUCAACCAGGUCGUGCUUCUGUCUUCUGUUGUCGUACUUGGCUCAAGCUCCUUCCUCUUCACCCUUAUCUCCUACGUCUACGUCAUCACCACCAUCCUGCGGAUGCGGUCUGCCGAGGGCAGGAGGAAAGCCUUCUCCACCUGCAGCUCCCACCUGAUUGUGGUUGGUUUGUUGUACCUGACGGCUUUUUUACAGUACACGAAACCCAGAUCCAUCUCCUCUGCAGUUCUGGAUGAAAUGUUCUCCAUCCAGUACAGCAUCCUGACCCCCAUGUUAAACCCCAUCAUCUACAGCCUGAAAAACAAGGAGGUGAAAACUGCUCUAAGGAGUAUAUCAGGAAAAUUUAGGUUUCUUAACUAG